CUGAACGCUCGUCUGCUGCGAAACUGAACGCUGAGCGCGUUCAUACGGAGAGGAUCUUUCGGCGUCAAUUCUAUCGGUUCCGGAGGAGUCAGACCGAUCGGGACGAUGGGGCGCUUCGUCUUCGUCCUGCUAAUCCUGAUGUGCUGUUCCUCCUCCCGAUUCACAGGUGCCUACGACCCCAUAGAUCCGAACGGGAACAUCACGAUCGUCUGGGAUUUUCAGAGUCUCGACGUCGCGGGCAUGACCCCGUACACGGUCAUGGUGAGCAUCCACAACUACCAGAUGUACCGACACAUCGAGCGUCCGGGGUGGCGGCUGAGCUGGAGCUGGGCCGGCAAGGAGGUCAUCUGGAGCACGACGGGCGCGGAGACGACGGAGCAGGGCGACUGCUCCCGCGUCGGCAGCGGGGGCAGCCGCCCGCAUUGCUGCCAGAAGCGGCCCGUCAUGGUGGACCUGCCGCCUGGCACGCCGUACAACAUGCAGGUCGCCAACUGCUGCCGGGGCGGCGUGCUGUCGUCUCUCGUCCAGAGCGACCUGACGUCCGCCGCCGCGUUCCAGAUGGUGGUCGGCGAGUUCGCCCUCGCCAGGGACAGCGGCGGCAAGGAGCCCGAGAAGCCGUGGCAGUUCGACAUGGGCGUGCCGGGGUACACCUGCAGCAACGCGACCACGGUGGCCCCGACCAGGAUCAAGGUCGACAAGAACCGCUACGUCCAGGCGCUCCUGACAUGGCAGGUGACCUGCUCGUACUCGCAGUACCGGGCGUCGGCGGCGCCGUCGUGCUGCGUCUCCAUGACGACCUUCUACAGCGAGACGAUCGUAGAUUGCCCGCGGUGCAGCUGCGGCUGCCAAGGGUCCCCACCGUCGCCACAAUGCGUCAGCGUCGAUCAACAACAACCAUGGUUGCCGGCCGUCGGCGACGACGAGCCGUCGUCGGCGCCGAUCGUCUGGUGCUCCGAGCACAUGUGCCCGAUCCGGGUGCACUGGCACGUGAAGACGAACUACCGCAAGUACUGGCGGGUGAAGGUGACGGUGUCCAACUACAACCUGGCGAGGAACUACAGCGACUGGAACCUGGUGCUGCAGCACCCCAACCUGCGGAGCCUGACGCAGCUGUUCAGCUUCAACUACAGGCCUCUCGUCGAGUACGGCGCCUACAACGACACGGGGAUGUUCUGGGGGUUACGUUACUACAACGAGAUGCUGCUGCAGGACGGGAACGUGCAGUCGGAGAUGAUCCUGGAGAAGGAGAGCGACUUCACCUAUUCCGGUGGCUGGGCGUUCCCGCGGAGGGUCUACUUCAACGGCCAAGAGUGCGUCAUGCCGCCGGCGGACCAGUACCCCGUACUGCCCAACGGAGCCUCGGCUUUGCGGGGGCAUUUUUGCUUCCUGCUGCUACUCUUCUUCGUUGUGGUGUAGACUCGUUUGCUUCAGAAACUUGCUAGCUAGCAAGGCUGUCCGCAUAAAUAGCGUUUAUACGUUUUAACAUUUGGGUUUUUUUUUCUUGAAAUUAAUUCCUGUACAUAGUAUUGUUUCUCUUUGUUUUAAAUCGUUACUCGUCUCUC